AUGGCGUCCUUUCCUGCCAAACUCCAAGUAGCCAAGCAAGUAGCCAAGCAGGACAACUUUGUGGAGGGAGCCACGUCCCAAGUUGUCAUUACCGACUUUUCCACCGCCGCAGUCGAGACUUUCCUCCGCUUUCUGCAUUUUGGGGAGAUGGAUGCAAUCCUCGCAACGAUUUUUGAAGUGGGCAUGCUUGCGGACAAGUACGAGGUCACCGAUCUGCAAAAGUUUUGCGCAAAAUUUGUUAGAACAAUCAACAUUGAGCCACAGACAGCUUGCGAGAUGCUAGCGUUGGCGGAUCGCUUUCACCGUGCCGACUUGCGGAGGCGUGCUCUAGAGUCCGUACUUCGCAAGCCAGAAGCAGCUCUGCAGGCUCGACCCUCACUCAGCGUGAGGCUUGUGCGAGAAAUUCUGGCAACCCAGGCCCUCUGCAUAAAUGGCGAGACGCUCAUCAAAGUGAUGUCCACAUGGGCCGAAGCAGAAAGCAAGGAGGACAGCGAAGUACAACGCAUUUUCCAGGACUUCGCGCUUGGUGCAGAGCAAGCCUUUCUGCGGCUCUCAUCAGAGGAUGCUUUGUAUAAUUUGCGCCCAGAGAAUUCGCAGAAGGUUGGCCUCGACUGCGCAGACCAGGUUGUUGUGUGUGAAAGCGUUGCCGGACGUACUUCUGGUGAGCUGAGGAUGAAGUUGACAUACAACCGCACAAAUAUAACACUAGAAGAUGGCUGGGUCAUGUGGAUGUUGCCCUUCGUUUCCUUAUACUUGACAGGCUUCAGCUUCUCAAAGGGUCUUUCAGCAGCGAAGGUCCACUUCAAGAUCUUCUGUUCAAAGGAUGGCCGUGAGUGGCAUUUGUGUGUGGAUUCCAAGCCUUAUGGUGAUAUCCAAGAGAACCAGGCCAUCCGCUGCGAGCAUCAUGCUCAGGUGAAGUGGCUGAAGCUUCAGGUCCUGGGAGGCUACUUCCACAGCAUGUUUAACGUGAGAGGUAUCAUUGUCCAGGCGGCACGGGCAGAAGAGUUUCCUGUGCGAGCGCAGCAACAGUGA